GAGAGGUGGGGCCACGGUGGCGGCGCGAUGCGACACGGCGGGCCGCUGGGGCUAGCCGGUCUGGCGCUACUCCUCAUGGCCGCUGGAGCGGCAGCAAGGCCGCGGCCCGCCGCCCCCGAGGACCAGCCCCGAUCUAACGUGGUCUUGGUGGCCUGCGACUCCUUGGAUGGACGCUUGACAUUUUUGCCAGGAAAUCAGACUGUGGAUUUACCUUCCAUAAAUUUUAUGAAAAGACAUGGCACUGUCUUUCUCAAUGCCUACACUAAUUCUCCAAUUUGUUGUCCUUCCCGUGCAGCUAUGUGGAGUGGUCUUUUCACUCAUAUAACAGAAUCUUGGAAUAAUUUCAAAGGUCUAGAUCCGGAUUAUGUAACAUGGAUGGAUCUCAUGGAAAAGCAUGGCUACCAUACACAGAAGUUUGGGAAAUUGGACUUUACUUCUGGACAUCAUUCAGUAAGUAACCGUGUGGAAGCUUGGACUAGGGAUGUUAACUUCUUGCUCCGACAAGAAGGAAGACCCAUGGUGAAGCUUACUGGCCAUAGGAAGCAGUUUAGAGUAAUGGAAACUGAUUGGCAGAAUACUGAUAAAGCAGUGAAUUGGAUAAAGGAAGAAGCUGUUAACUUUACUCAACCAUUUGUUCUUUACUUGGGACUAAAUUUACCACACCCGUAUCCAUCACCCUAUGCGGGAGAAAAUUUUGGAUCCUCUACAUUUUUAACAUCUCUCUAUUGGCUUGAAAAGGUAAAUUAUGAAGCUAUUAAAAUACCCAAGUGGUCUCCUCUUUCAGAGAUGCAUCCAGUAGACUAUUACUCAUCGUACACCAAGAAUUGCACAGGAGAGUUUACAAAGGAAGAAGUAAGGAAUAUUAGAGCGUUUUACUAUGCUAUGUGUGCAGAGACAGAUGCCAUGCUGGGUGAGAUUAUUUCAGCCCUGCGAGAUACUGGGCUUCUUGGGAAAACAAUUGUUAUAUUCACUGCAGAUCAUGGAGAACUUGCUAUGGAGCACCGUCAGUUCUAUAAAAUGAGCAUGUAUGAGGGAAGUUCCCACAUUCCUCUUUUAGUUAUGGGGCCAGGUUUAAGAGAACAGCACCAAAUACCAGAUGUAGUAUCUCUUGUGGAUAUCUAUCCUACUAUGCUUGAUAUAGCAAGAAUUCCUGUCCCACAGAACCUCAGUGGAUAUUCUCUUAUACCGCUGCUACGUGAAAAGGCUGAGAGCAAAGCGUCAUCCAGAGGACCUCGGCCCUCAUGGGUGCUGAGCGAGUUCCAUGGGUGCAAUGUGAAUUCCUCUGUGUAUAUGCUGAGAACUGGCAAGUGGAAAUACAUCACAUACUUGGAUGGCUCUUCAGUACUGCCCCAGCUCUUUGACCUUACUGCUGAUCCAGAUGAGCUUACGAAUCUUGCCAUAAAAUUCCCAAUAACUGUACAUUCUUUGGACAAAAUACUUCGCUCUAUAGUAAACUAUCCAAAGGUUUCUUCUUCUGUUCGGGAGUAUAACAAACAACAGUUUAUCAGUUGGAAACAAAGUUUGGGUCAAAAUUACUCUAGUGUUAUUGCAAACCUUAGGUGGCAUCAAGAUUGGUUAAAGGACCAAAAAAAGUAUGAGAAUGCAAUUGAUGAGUGGCUUGGUAAGUAGAUACAGACAACCUGGAUUUCAUAUUAAUGAGGAUAUAAAAACAUUAUGCAUUUGUAAUACUAUGCUGUAUUUCAGAUGGUAGAAUUAUUUUCUUAUACAACUUAUUGGAAGUAAAGGUAACUGAACUGUUACUGCUUUGUGUCAGAAAGCCAAGAGCACUUUAUAUAACUAGGCAGCACAACAAAACUAGAGUUUUAGAUAUUAUUAUUCUGUAAAUGUAAGUAAGUGCGUAUAGAAAGGGUAGUGUGCAAAUACUAAUUGUGUGUAGGUAAUAUUUAGCUGAUUGCAAAAGUACAGAGUAUUAAGCAUUCAAACUCAUUAGGAACUUCCAUUUAUAAGGAAAAACAAGGAUUGUAAAACUUUGUGAAGUAAAGUACCAGUUACAGUGGAAUUUCCUGUGUGUAUUGUAAGUCUAUAUUGAAUAGACAUUCAUCAAAAAGUUGGUAACCACUACAGGUCUGAACAUAGAUAUGGUUCAUGCAAGUACUUAACUAUAUAUGUGAUUGACUCCCCAUGUUUUCAAGGUCUGCCUGCUAAUCUCUUGCUCCUCUCUGGUCAUCAUCAUAAAUUAAAAAGAAAAACCCUUCUUGCCAAGCCUGUGAGUAGAGCAGUUCUCUGAAAAAUGACAAUGUGAUUUGCAUAACAUAAAAUACAAACUGUUUGAAUGCAGUUAGAUUCUGCAAAUAAAUGCUUUAAUGCACAUCAGCGAGUGGAGAAUUGAAACCUAAAAUGUACACAGAGGAGACACAAUUGAAGCUUGCAGGAAGACUUAACAGAAAAAUACUGUUUCUCAUUUUUCCAGUGACCUGACAAAAAAAUAGUUUUGGAAGAAGGUAAGAUUUAGGUAACAAGUCUUCCACUUACGGGAAUAUGUAAUUAUAGCAGUGCUUAAGUUUGCUAAUUCUUAGUCACCAUCAUUGCUGCUAUAGUACCAGUUCAGAAUGACAUUAUACUUCAUACAUAAAAUGUUUUCUGGAAUCUGUUAUUAAAUGCUCAGUAGUAGCUGUAAGCCAGUAAAAAUAAACAUAAAAAUGAGACAUAUUUUCUGACGACUCCACACUCAUUUCAUGAGCAACUUCCCACACAGUUAAGAAAUCUUGAAACCCUGUAGCACAUGUCAUUAUAAUUCUUAUUAAAAUGACUUCAGGUACAGUUGAAAUUACUUAAAAUAAAUGGGCUGCAUAAUUAGAGGAUGUAUUUAUAUCCAUAUGAAAAUUUGUUCAAGAGAAAAAAGAAUAGAGAAAUUUUCUCCCUUUCCAGAGGUCUGGACAGAAUGCAGUACAUUGUCCAAAAUGAAGUAAAAUAAAACUAUGGUGAACUGGA